UACAAUGGAAAACGUGGAAGCUCUCAAAGCCAAAAUUAGUGAACUAGAAAACAAAGUUAAGCUGCUGACCACGAAAAAUGCCCGGGAGAAAAUUGAAACCAUGUCGUCUGAAGUGGUGGAUUCAAACCCCUACAGUCGUUUAAUGGCCUUGAAACGCAUGGGAAUUGUAAACAACUACGAAAAUAUUAGAAACUUUUCUGUUGCCAUUGUGGGGGUUGGGGGUGUGGGGAGUGUAACAGCGGAAAUGUUGACUCGGUGCGGGAUAGGAAGACUCAUUUUAUUCGAUUACGAUAAAGUAGAGUUAGCUAAUAUGAACCGACUGUUUUUCCAACCCCACCAGUCAGGUUUAAGCAAAGUUGAAGCUGCUGCCGAAACUCUGAAAAAUAUCAACCCUGAUGUUGAUAUUCUAACGUACAAUUAUAACAUCACGUCUAUUGAGAACUUUGACAACUUUUCAAACAUCCUUAGGACUGGAAGUCUAACGAAUGGCCCAGUUGACCUUGUCUUAAGUUGCGUCGAUAACUUUGAGGCGAGAUUUACAAUAAACGCGGUGUGUAAUGAAUUCAACUUGACUUGGUUCGAGUCAGGCGUAUCAGAAAACGCCGUCUCAGGCCACGUCCAAUUUAUAGUCCCUGGGGAGACUGCAUGUUUCGCGUGUGCCCCUCCACUUGUCGUAGCUUCAAACAUUGACGAGAAGACCCUAAAACGGGACGGUGUCUGUGCAGCAAGUCUUCCAACAACCAUGGGCGUAAUUGCAGGGUUUCUAGUGCAAAACGCGCUAAAAUAUCUCUUAAAAUUCGGCAACGUAUCCAAUUAUCUAGGGUACAGUGCUUUAACCGACUUUUUCCCUAACAUGAAUUUGAAACCUAAUCCACACUGCGACGAUUCCAAUUGUCAGCUGAGACAAAGGGAAUUCGCUGCUAAGCCUAAAGUCCAAGUUGUUGAAAAUAAACAGGAGAGUGAUACACCUGUUCACGAGGACAAUGAGUGGGGUAUUUCGCUCGUUGACGAAAGUGUUGAAAAUGAUAAAGGGGCGCAAAAUGUUGCCUCGGGUGUUAGUCUAGCUUACGCGGUUCCUGAUAAGGACAUCGGGGACGUUGAGGUGUCUAAAAGUGACGAUACGAGUUUAGAGGAGCUCAUGGCGCAAAUGAAAGCUAUUUAAUUUUUUUUAUUGAUAUUAAAUUAUAUAAACGCUCAGAUUUUAUGAUUUUCUUCGUGCAAUUAUUGUUUACAUUGCAAUUUUUAUUAAUAAUUAUGUAUGAAAAGUAUUGUUUUAUAAAAUCAGCUCUUAAAUAUAUUUGAUUAAUUUUUUACAGAAAA